UAUUCUAGAUUUUUCACGUGAACCUCACAAGCCAUCGCGUGCCUUAUGGCGCUAGGUAGGUGAAGUUUAUUGCAUCGUUCAUUCGCUCAGCUGUUACGAUUUUGCCUUGUGUUGAGAGUAGGCAUGACUUUGUUAUGAGAGCGGUACGAGAUGCCACUGCGCAGAAAUAUCAAAGAAGACAGUUUUUGUGUUAUGAUCAUCUUUUACCCACGUUUUUUUGUAGUGCUCCAGCCAAAAACAUUGGGGCCAAGUCAACAUUGGGGGGCCCAACUCAACAUCGGGAGGCCAGGGCCCUGAUAAAAGAAUACGAAUCGACACCCGUGGGUCUACCCACCCGGCGUCAAAAAAGGGAUAUGCAUGAGUGGAGAUGAUUGUGUCCAACGAAUAUUUAGAAUAAAAAUAUCUAGCGAAUACUCCAAAGUUGUGCUACUUUGAUCCUUUCGUCAGUACAUUAUGACGUCAUGAACAUUUUAUGUACGUUUUACAUCAAUUUCAUCUUCAGCUGGGAAAAAAGUUAGCAAGAUAAAGACAAGGUAUAAGAGUUAUAGCAAAUUCUUUCUUGUUAGGGAGUACUAUUUUAUUUGAAUCUGCACUCAUUUCCGUGUAUAUUUCAGAUUUAUUUUUCGACAGCUGUUUAGUAGGUAAUUUUGUAGAUGCGCGUCAUAGAAAACUGGGGACUGGGUCGCCAGUUUCAUUUCGAGGUGCUCCGUGUUGGGCUACGCCGUCGGAGCGCUUCGGAGUUUUUCUUCUCUUCGCUUGAUGAGAUCAAUUGACGUUCGAAUCUUCGUGGAAUUGUUGGUUGUUUUGUAGUUCAUCAAGUACUGGCUUACCUGCAGAUGUGGAGCAGGUCUUACCAGCAAUAUCCGUGGUUCUGUGAUUGUUUGCGCAUCCACAGGGAGCUGAACGGCCUCCAUCAGACAUUCAAGUGGCUUCACCUAACAGUGGCCCUCCAUUCCUACCUUGUUUACAUGUCCUUUGACGGAUUGAAGUACUGAACCAGACCUCCACCUGCCUCAACAAAUUGUUUGCGUUUUGGCAAACCUAGCAUAAGUCUAGAAUAAGACGGCAGUCUUUCGUUGCUAAGCUUGAGCUCUCCACGACCGUCGCUCCGUCUCGGAUCAUGUCCUCCCUACUGAGCGUGCGCCGCGUGUUGGGCGCGCCUGCCAUCCGGCUGGGCCGGCGCGCGCUGACCACCGGCCCGCCGCCCGAGGCGCUCUCCGUGUUCCUCUCCCAGUCCAACAACGUCUUCACCAACCUGGCGCUGGAGGACUGGCUCUACAAGAACUUCCGGUUCGGCCGGCACAACGUGCUGAUGGUGUGGCGUAACUCGCCAUGCGUGGUGGUCGGCCGCCACCAGAACCCGUGGCGCGAGGUCAACACCGAGUACCUGCGCGCCGCCUCGUUGCCGCUGGCGCGCCGCAACAGCGGCGGCGGCACCGUCUACCACGACAUGGGCAACCUCAACCUGACGUUCUUCACCAGCCGGGAGCAGUACGACCGCGGCGCCAACCUGGCCCUGGUGGCCGAGGCGCUCCGCCAGGGCUGGGGCUUCGACAUCAGUGUCAGCGGCCGCGACGACAUCCUGCUGGACAACGUGUACAAGAUCUCCGGCACGGCGGCCAAGCUGACCCGCGACAGCGCCUACCACCACUGCACGCUGAUGGUGAACGUGGACACGGACAGCCUGCAGGCCGCGCUCCAGCCGCCGCCGCACGGCCUGGAGAGCCGUGCCACCGAGUCGGUGCCGGCGCAGGUGCGUAACCUGGCCGACGGCGCGCCCAGCGUCAGCAUGGACAAGAUAGUGGCCGCUAUCGGCCAGCUGUACCUGAAGCAGGCCGGCCGCCAGGCCAGCCGCGGCUUCCAGAUGGUCAACCCCACCGACGAGUGGUUCCCAGGCCUGACCGAGCUGGAGCGGGGCCUGGCCGCACCGGCCUGGGUGUACGGCAAGACGCCGCAGUUCUGGCACACGUUCCGCCUGCCCGCCUGCUCGGACGUCGAGGUGCGGGUGGAGGUCAAGGGUGGCCUGGUCACCGCCGUCGAGCCGCUCCGCCCCGACAACAGCGCCGACAUGACCGGCACCGAGUGGGUGCGCUCCAUCCUGCCGUCGGCCUUCCCGGAGCUGUUGUCGUCGCUGGUCGGCUCCAAGUAUUCCUCCGACAUCCCGCGUCAGGUCGAGGGGGUGCUGCUCGGCAAGGCGGCCGGCUCCAGCGACCGCCGCCUGCUGGCUAUGUGAACGCGAUGCCAGCGACAUCUACCGGCGGAUCGCGGCAACUGAUGACGGCAACGUCUACGGGCGGAUCGCGGCAUGUGACGACGACAAAAAACAACGGAGGUGUCUAUCGGUGAACUGUGAAGGCGACAAGGCGACAAUAUCGAUGUGAGCACUAUAAUAGCCACGCACAACUUGGUUAUGACGGACAGUCCUUUAUUGACUUCAGAAGAUAUAACGAAUUUGUAUCGUUUCUCAGCAUAGUGAUCUUUCGUAUGCCCACUUGUUCUGGGCAGCUUCCUUUAUACGAAGCUCAUCGUGCACCUGUUGGCUAGCGCUUUCAUUUGGGAGCCGUAACAAAUUACUUGCCGCGGAAGACGUUACGCGUCCAGUAUAUCUAGAAGCUCGCAAUCGUUUUCUGCUGCAACAUGCAAGAUGAAUUGCUCUAUCUUUCUCCAAGUGCCACUGCUUUUGAGCAGUGAUUGCAGUUUCCAAAUAGUAUGUUGUGGGGAAAACUGUGAAGCGAUGCGCCGGAAUGAACUUUUUCACGGAAUGCGGCGCGUCCGUCGGGCCAUGAAACAAUGGAUGGUGAUCUGUGCUGUGCUACUUUACGACGUUUUCUAAGACGGACUUCGGUCGUGGAUGCUGUUUGGCUGUAGCUUAGGGACCUGACUGGCAUGCCUUGUCAUCUAUCAAUGCAACUCUGGUGUUGGGGUGUGUGUGUGUGCGUCAUGUGAGUCUACCGAAUAACAAAUCGCCCCGUCGCGGGACCGUGACUAGCGCUCGGUGGAUAACCGUCGGAUUAAGUACCGUAAUAGCAAUAAGGCACCACCGCAUAAGAUAAUCAUUAAUAAGGCACCACUGCGUGGACGCCUAUUUAGCAGUGUUUUCUGCAGGGGUGGGUCAAUACGUGUCGGCCGGGCGUCUGGGUGAGGUCUGAAGAGCGUCCGUACACAACUGGACACAACCGGACGCUGGGACGGCUGUUUUGAAAACCGCCGCCUAGACAGUAGGUUCGAACGGUCCGGGGCAUCACGGGGACCGCAGGGUGAUUGUAAUAAAUUACUACAAACGUC